AGGGCGUGGCCUCACGAGGCGCUUGUGCUGAAUUCCAGCUGCGACUGCUUAGGGAUACAAUGAUGCCCAGGUUGGGCUCCGCGGCCCUGCGGCCGCGGAGGAGCUGCCCGAACUGCACACGCGCAGACCCAGCGCCCGCGUCAAGAGACGGAGAGCGCGCGCUCCCCACGUACUGCGCGCCCGGCUGCCAGGCGUUCGUCUCGCCGGUGGCUCCCGCCAGGCUGGGCAGGCGCGCCCACGUCUGAAGAGCGAUGCCCCGGGAGAUCAUCACCCUGCAGCUGGGCCAGUGCGGCAACCAGAUUGGGUUCGAGUUCUGGAAACAACUGUGCGCCGAGCAUGGUAUCAGCCCCGAGGGCAUCGUGGAGGAGUUCGCCACCGAGGGCACUGACCGCAAGGACGUCUUUUUCUACCAGGCAGACGAUGAGCACUACAUCCCCCGGGCUGUGCUGCUGGACCUGGAGCCCCGGGUGAUUCACUCCAUCCUCAACUCCCCCUAUGCCAAGCUCUACAACCCAGAGAACAUCUACCUGUCAGAGCAUGGAGGAGGAGCUGGCAACAACUGGGCCAGCGGCUUCUCCCAGGGUGAGAAAAUCCAUGAAGACAUCUUUGACAUCAUAGACAGAGAAGCAGAUGGCAGUGACAGUCUAGAGGGUUUCGUGCUGUGUCACUCCAUUGCUGGGGGGACGGGUUCUGGCCUGGGCUCCUACCUCCUAGAGCGACUGAAUGACAGGUACCCAAAGAAGCUGGUGCAGACAUACUCAGUGUUUCCCUACCAGGACGAGAUGAGCGACGUAGUGGUCCAGCCCUACAACUCUCUCCUCACACUCAAGAGGCUGACCCAGAAUGCAGACUGUGUGGUGGUGCUGGACAACACGGCCCUGAACCGGAUCGCCACAGACCGCCUACACAUCCAGAACCCGUCCUUCUCCCAGAUCAACCAGCUGGUGUCCACCAUCAUGUCGGCCAGCACCACCACCCUGCGCUACCCCGGCUACAUGAACAACGACCUCAUCGGCCUCAUCGCCUCGCUCAUUCCCACCCCACGGCUCCACUUCCUCAUGACCGGCUAUACCCCCCUCACCACGGACCAGUCAGUGGCCAGCGUGAGGAAGACCACAGUCCUGGAUGUGAUGAGGCGGCUGCUGCAGCCCAAGAACGUGAUGGUGUCCACAGGCCGGGACCGCCAGACCAACCACUGCUACAUCGCCAUCCUCAACAUCAUCCAGGGAGAGGUGGACCCCACCCAGGUCCACAAGAGCCUGCAGAGGAUCCGGGAACGGAAGUUGGCCAACUUCAUCCCCUGGGGUCCAGCCAGCAUCCAGGUGGCCCUGUCGAGGAAGUCUCCCUACCUGCCCUCAGCCCACCGGGUUAGUGGGCUCAUGAUGGCCAACCACACUAGCAUCUCCUCGCUCUUCGAAAGUUCCUGCCAGCAGUUCGACAAGCUUCGGAAGCGGGAUGCCUUCCUGGAGCAGUUCCGCAAGGAGGACAUGUUCAAGGACAACUUUGAUGAGAUGGACAGGUCCAGGGAGGUUGUUCAGGAGCUCAUCGAUGAGUACCAUGCUGCCACUCAGCCGGACUACAUCUCCUGGGGCACCCAGGAGCAGUGAUUUCCUCUCCACAACUCCCCCUGGACAAGAGGCACAGCUUAUACCAUGCCUGGCCCCUCUGACCCAACUUAUUGACAACAUCUCUUGGUUCAUCUCCAGCCCAUGAGCUGGUCCUGCAUCCUCCCUUCUAUGCCCUCACUGUUAAUAUGCUUGUAAUAAAGUAAUAAAGCUUGAUUGUCAGUAUA